GUCAGUUUCUAUGAAUUUUCGCUGAUUCUAUAUUUAAAUGUUUUGCCAUUGCUGUACACUGAUUCGUAGUUUCCGGAAUGUGUCACUUUAAAAGUAUCACUUAUUUCUGUAGUAGAUAUUAUUCAUAUCAAAGUAACAAAACAUAACUUUGUUUGAUGUGUACGUUAUUGAUAUAACAAACAUGUCGUUUUGCUGUGGAGAAACGAAGAGAGAAUCGAGUGAAAAAAAGGCCAGAGAAUGCACAGACAUUUUAUGUUUAGCCAUAUUUUGUAUAUUUUGGGGCCUGCUGAUAUUUAUUGCUGCUUUUGCAUUUGUAAUCGGUGAUCCUACACGUCUGGCAUAUGGGCAAGAUAGUUUCGGUAACACUUGCGGAAUGAAAAAUGAAGAAUUGGGUAAUAUGACGUUUUCGGGUAUGGAUAUGACAGAUCGGCCGUACCUGUUUUUCUUAAAUAUGACAAAUUUACACCAGUCGCUAAAGAUAUGUGUCAAAGAAUGUCCGAGGCAUACACUCUACAAUGAAAAAGAUAUUAGAGAUUUUGAAAUUACAACUGGUGCGCGGUUAUGCCGUUACGAUAUUGCUCAGUUCAUGGAAAGAAGUGCCUUGUAUCCCACAAUAAGAAACGAAACGAUUGACAGAUUCUUUUUACAUGUUGAAGAAAAGAACGGACAUUAUGCCUGUCCUAUUCCACCAGUUUAUGGCACAAAGGCUCUUUUCAACCGCUGUAUUCCUUUACCAGUAGCUAAUCUAGCUGCUGAUAUAAUGUAUAGCAUUUAUGCUUAUUUAAACAGUUUUGAUACCAUUCAGCAAGUUGUGAGUGAUAUCUAUGCAGGAAGAUAUGAAAUUCUUGGCAUGAUGGGUUUGGCUCUAAUUUUAUCUUUUGUGAUGGCUUUUACAAUUCAUUGUUUGGCAUCAUUUGUUUCAUGGAUUAUCAUGAUUGUGGCAAGUAUAGCAUCUGUUGCUGGAACGUGUGUUUUAUGGUGGACUUACAUUGACAUUAAAUGGCAGCUAGAUUCUACACCUGGAAACCAAUUAUUAUCAGAAUCGGCUCAGAAUGAAAGAUCUUUUCUUGUAUAUUCCAUACUGGCAACUAUUUUUACGCUAAUACUACUCCUGAUUGUUCUUGUUUUGAGAAAAAGAGUUCACGUGGUGGUGAAACUUUUUGAAGAAUCUGGCCGUUGCAUCAGGAGUAUGCCACUACUUUUGUUCCAACCAUUAUGGACAUUUCUUGCUCUCAUUCUGUUCUUUGUAUACUGGGUGGGGGUGCUCGUUACAUUAGCAACGGCUUACUAUCCGGUGAAAAAUGAAGUUCAGAACCCACUGCAUCUUGCCUUACCUUCAUCGUUACCAAUGAACAUUACAGAGACAUUGGAAAUUAUGCCAUCAGAGCAAGAAGAGCUAUUAAAUAAAGCAUUUACUCUUGUCAGCUUUAAGGAAAGUUCUUGGGUACAGUAUAUGUGGUGGUACCACAUUAUUGCCUUAGUAUGGACAAGUGAAUUUAUUUUAGGGUGUCAGCAAAUGGUUAUUGCGGGAGCAGUCGCAACGUGGUACUUCUCACGAGAUAAAAGCAAAGUUUCGUGUCCUAUCGGAAAAUCGGCUUACCGUCUUUUCCUUUAUCACUUGGGAUCGGUUGCUUUGGGCUCUUUUUUAAUUACUUUAUUCAAGAUUCCACGUAUAGUUCUUACUUAUGUAAUAGGUAAAAUGCGGAAACAUCAAGAAUUUAAGUGCGUGGCUUGGUGUUUAAAAUGCUGCACCUGCUGCUUGUGGUGCAUGGAAAAAUGCAUUCGGUAUUUGAAUCAUAAUGCUUAUACUGUGAUUGCAAUACAGGGAGAAAGUUUUUGUCCUGCAGCUAGAGAAGCAUUUGAUAUUUUGGUAUCAAAUGCCUUACAAGUGGCAACUAUCAACAGUGUGGGGGAUUUCAUCCUUUUCUUAGGAAAGUGUGGUGUGACGGCAAUUACCGCAUUUGUUGGGGUACUUAUAAUGAAAAAUAACUCUGAACUGCAUUUUUAUGCAGUGCCUGUACUUCUAAUAAGUAUAUUUUCAUAUUUCAUAGCACAUUGUGCUCUCUCUGUGUACGAAAUGGUCAUCGAUACAUUAUUUUUGUGUUGUUGUGAGGAUAUUUUAAGAAAUGAUGGUUCAAAAGAGAAACCUUAUUUUGGUGGUAGUUUAGUUCGUUAUUUGAAAGGAAAUGAAGGCGGUCAGCCUUUACAACCGCUCAAUAGAGUGGCAGGUGACGCAUCGGAGACGGAUUAGAUAAGCUUGCAAGUGUACUUACUUUAUUUUCCUGGAUUUGUAUAUUUUCUUAUAGAAAGAAGAGUAUUAUUUUGAGACUGCACAAGAUUUUGUGAUACUUGAAUUGGUACUACUUUGGUAGACGGUUGCACGGAUUUUUGGGCGAUUUACGUUGGCACGAUUUUUACAAAUGUAAGCCAUCUUGAAAAACGCUGUUUUCACGCAUAAUAAAGUAUUCGAAA